AUGCAAACCCACCUCCUCACAGCGGUCGACUCGACCUCGCAUAUACACCUCAUAAUUGGCUCGAAUCCACUCGCUGGCGCAAGAUGCAGUCGGUCUCUCGAAGUGGGCGCAAAGCCCAUUCUCAUCGCACCCGAGACGGCAAAUUUCCACUACGGUCUAGCAAAGAAAAUUGAAGAGAACACAGUCGAAUGGCUGAAGAAAGACUUUGACGAGAAUGAUUUGACAACACUGGGAAGGGAAGAGGUGGAGCGGGUCGUGGACGCCGUAUUUGUCACAUCAGCAGGCAAAAGUGCUCUCAGCACAAGGAUAUCUACACUAUGCAGAAGACUUCGCAUACCCGUGAACGUGGCAGACGCACCCAACCUCUGCACAUUCACCCUCCUCUCCGUCCAUACCUCUGGGCCUCUCCAAAUCGGCGUUACAACCUCUGGCAAAGGCUGCAAGCUCGCUUCACGAAUCCGGCGAGAAAUCGCCUCCGCUCUCCCCAAAGAUAUUGGACCUGCAGUCGAACGUCUAGGAACUGUACGAAGGAAGAUCUUGGAACAGGAUCAUCUUGAAGACUAUGACGUCGACGACGAGGACACAGGCCAGACAUCCACCUUCAACAAACUUGUCACACCCACAGAUACCGAAGCCGCAAAAGCUAGGCGCAUGCGUUGGCUGUCGCAGAUCUGCGAGUACUGGCCUCUUCGGCGAUUGGCGGCCAUCACAGACGAGGAUAUGCCCGUCUUUCUCGCGGAAAAAUCAUCCUCGCGGGCUCAGGACCAGGCCAUCCAGAUCUCCUAA